CUCUUCCUUGUCCCUCCUGGCGAUCCUCAACUUUGGCCGGAGAAAGAAGAGGUCGGCUUGGCUUGGCGAGCAAAGCAGCGCAACGGCAGAGUUUGCCCGACUGGCGCAACGAGAAUAAGGUUAGGCGGUCUAUUCGAACCGUCUCUUCCCUCUCGCCAGCGACCUUGCCUCGCCAAGUGCUCAAGGUAUCGACGUGGGGAUCAAGUUGAGAAUGCGAUCAGCCACGAGGGUCGACGAUGCAAGGCUACUGCGAGAUAUGCCAUCGCUUCCGCUCUUGGCAAUGGGCUCGCUGGGCUCGCAAUGCAUCUGGUCGUCGGAGAUGGUCUUUGGCAGCCCUUACCUGCUUCAUCUCGGUCUAUCCAAGUCGGCCAUGGCCUUUGUCUUUGUCGCCGGUCCUCUCAGCGGCCUCAUCGUGCAGCCAGUCAUCGGCAUUUUGAGUGAUCGGAGCACGCAUCCUUGGGGAAGAAGGAGGCCGAUGCUUCUAGCUGGCCUUGCUCUCAGCACCGUCGCCAUGCUUCAGAUCGGGUAUGCCAAGUCAAUAGCCAGUCUCGUGUUCAACGACGUGGGCACACGAGAGGUUGCUACUCGGGUCCUUGCCAUUUCGGCCAUCUUCGCCAUCGACUUCAGUAUCAACGCAGUCAUGGCACUCGACCGAUCGCUGCUUCUUGAUCUUGUUCCUUCGCAACAUCAGCCCCUCGCCAAUGUCUGGGCAGCUCGGCUAGCAGGAGCGGGAUCUAUUUUGGGGUUCUUCAUAGGGCAGAUCAAUCUGUCGACCUACCCGCCCUUCUCCUGGUUUCCUGGGACUUCUACCGUUGGUUUGGAUGAGUCUGCAAAGGCAAUUCUGGACGAAACAGAGGUCCAGGUCAAGUGCGUCGUCCUUCUUGUCGUCUUCAUGCUCGUGUGGACCCACAUCGUUACGAUCUUCGCGGCAAAGGAAACACCUCUCGCGCCCUCGACUUCGUCGUCAUCGUCAAAAAGGAGUAAAGGAAUCGCAAUAAUAAUCAGUCCUCUGCGGCAAACAUGGACAGAAGCAGUCGAGACGGCAAAGAUGCUUCCUAGGCCAGCGUGGGAGAUCUUCAGGGUACAAUUUUUUGCCUGGAUUGCCUGGUUUCCUGUUCUCUUUUACAGCACGACGUGGAUUGCCAAGAUUGCGGCAAACAGUCCUGCACACCAUGACUCGGCCUCUUCCGUCCGUUUGGGGUCGCUCGGAAUGCUUAUGCACGCCAUUGUCUCAAUAUUCUUCACGAUCGUCUCCCCGAGCCUCUUGCAGCUCUUCAAGCGGCUAGAUCUGGCCAUCUUGAGGAGGGCCGAUCAUCUCACGGCCGUCUGGGCCUUUUCAAAUCUGGCGUUUGGCUUCGUCCUCCUUUCAACGUAUCUAGCGGCAAGCACUCGCAGCAUAGCAGGUGCAAUGGUCGUCAUUGCUCUCACUGGAUUCCCGUGGGCGUUUGUCCAGUUCGUGCCCAAUGCUCUGCUCGGCAUUCUUAUCCAGAAACACGACACCGAAGAGUCCGAAGACGGAGCCCAAGGUCAUAGCGAUGCCAUCUCUAUGAGCACCGUCACCCACACCAUUGGACAUGACGACGAGGAAGAUCCUCGGGAUGGGGAUACUAGUGGAGGGCGGCCGCGGCCUCAUUCGCGAUCGAGCAGCAUCCAUGCGCACGCUUCACAGGGUGGCGAGAUUGAUGGUGAAACCGAUGAAGGCAGAAAGCGGUCGAGCAGCGCACACGGCAAGCACGAGCAAGAAGAGGAAGACGAUGACGAGGGCAGCGCACAAGAAGUUUUGUCCUUUGGGCCUCGCACCGCCCGUGACGUAGAAGACGGCAAUUCGUCGUCUUCAAACGAAGACGAUGGUGAGGCAGGCAACGAGGAUGAAGAGGAAAGUUUGAUGCGGGAAGGUAGAGAAAGCAACGGACGCAGAAGAGGAAGAAGGCAGAAAAGAGGGAAGAAGAGGUCAAUGGCACAACGGAGCGGGACGGUGUUGGGCCUGCACAAUAUCAGCCUUGUAUUACCCCAGUUCUUGACGACGGUCAUGAGCACAAUUGUCUUUGCCCUUGUCGACUCGCAUCAAAAGCCUGUCGAGAAUGGGACCCCUCAAAAAGACGAAGACGAGCUGACACGCAACGAUGGCGAUGCUAUCGGCCUCGUCCUACGAAUCGGCGGCGUGGCUGCGCUCGUUGCCGGUAUAUUUGGCCUGAGACUGGCUGUGAGGCAUCGGGCCGCGCUGAGCGCUUAGAUUGACAAGCGAAUGUAUAGAUGUGCUCCAAUAAUGA